GCGCUGGAACUGCUCGUCCCAGUUAGCUCCUCCGCACCGGGUGGCUGAAGUCCCCUCCUUCGUCACUAGGCUGCACGUCAUUCUUGAGUUUGGAGAAGCGCGACUUCCCCUGCCGCCCCCCGGCGCGGCCCCCAGGGGAUUCUUGGGCCACAGCUCGGGUGUCAGGACACUCAGUAGCAGAGGCCGAGGCAGAGCGACAAGGGAGCGCGCCACCGCCCCGGGCGCCGAUUUCCCGGAGAACCCCAACAUGGCCGGAGGCGCGCCCUCAGCGUGGCUGCCGCUGCUGCUGACACUGCUGUCGCCGUCCUGGGCACCCCUGGGAGCCGGCACAGCGGCCAUAAGCGUGCAGGCGCCCGCCCGGGUGCGAGGCUUCUUGGGCAACUCAGUGAUGCUGCCGUGCCACCUGCAGCCGCUGGAGCCCAACCUGCAGGUGACGCUGGUGACGUGGAUACGGCGCGGGCCGGCGGGCAGAGACCGCAGUGUGGCAGUCUUCCACCCGGUGCGGGGGCCCAACGUCUCCGAGCCCGGGAGGAUGGAGUUCGCGGCCGCCAGGCCAGGCGCGGAGCUGCUGGACGCAUCGCUGGUCGUGUCCGGGCUGCGCGCCGAGGACGAAGCCAAUUACACCUGCCAGUUCGCCACGUUCCCGCAGGGCAGCAGGAGCGCGUGCACCUGGCUCCGCGUGCUCGCCAAGCCCCAGAGCACAGCUGAGGCCCAGGAGGUCCCACUCAGCCCGCUCACCCGGGAGCCUGUGCCUGUGGCCCGCUGCAUCUCCACAGGGGGACGCCCACCUGCCCGAAUCACCUGGCCCUCACACCUGCACGGGAUGGCCAAUCAGAGCCAGAUGCCCGGGCCCCUGCCCAGCACGUUCACCGUCACCAGCCUCUUAACCUUGAUGCCCUCAAGCCAGGCAGAUGGCAAGAAUGUCACCUGCAGAGUGGAGCAUGAGAGCUUUGAGGAGCCGGUGCUGCUGCCUGUGAUUCUCACCCUGCGCUACCCCCCUGAGGUCUCCAUCUCCGGCUACGAUGGCAACUGGUACCUUGGCCUCAGUGGGGCCACCCUGAACUGCGAUGUCUACAGCAACCCAGAACCCACAGGCUAUGACUGGAACACGACCAUGGGUCCCCUACCACCCUCCGCUGUGGCCCAGGGUGCCCAGCUCCUGAUCCAUACAGUGGACAAGUCAAUCAACACGACUUUCAUCUGCCGUGUCACCAAUGCCCUAGGGACUGGCCAGGGGGAACUGACCAUCCUGGUCAAAGAGCAACCUCCCAGGGAGCAGUCACACUCGGGCAUGUCCUCUGUUGUCGUCAUCUCCCUGACUCCGGGAAUCGUGAUUUUCCUGAGCCUGCUGGGGUGCCUGAUUUAUUGUGCACUGUCCAGAUAUUCCCGUCAGGACCAUUACAGCUCCACAGCUAAUGGGGGUGUCUCCUAUUCAGCCGUGGACACUCAGGCCAGCCUUCCACAGGAUUCAAUGACAGAGGGCAUGAGAUGACAGUGUCAGUACUGAACGGAGAGAGACUGGAGCUAGUGAGGACGUGGUCUCCCUGUCUGGACGCCAACUCUGUGACCUGGCCACCCUCCCCUGGGCCAGACCUCAGGAAUAUCCCCUCUGCCUUGCAGUGUACUGGACAGGUGCACGCUCUAGGGUCUUCAAGACCACCCUUAGGUUCACGCACUAGAUGGACUCUCAGAACUCGGAAAAGCUGUGAGACUCAUGGUUAUAAUUCAUUACUGUGAAAGGAUAGAGAUUAAGAUCAGUGAAGAGAAGAGAGGGCUGGCUGGUGAGCUCAGCUGGUUACAGCAUGGUGUUAUAACACUAAGGUCAAGGGUUCGGAUCGCCUUAAGCUUCCGGUUGUCCUCUCCAUGGAGUCCCACACACAGAGCUUUGUGACAACAUGCAGGAGUAUUGCCAACCAGGGAAGCUCACCAAUCCUUGUGUCAAGAAUUUUUAUUGGAGUCAGUCAUUUAGACGUGGCUGACCAUCCUCAUGGCUGAUCUGAAUCUCUAGCACCUCCGUAGGUGUAGCCAGUACCGUGUAGCCCAAGGCUCCCACCGUAAAUCACAUCAUUAAGAUGAGUGGAUACGGAAAAUGUGGUACAUCUACACAAUGGAAUACUACUCAGCUAUAAAAACGAAUGAAAUACUGCCAUUUGCAACAACAU